ACAUAUCGCCUCCACUGGCAGUUGACAAGAGUGGUAAUUUAUUGCUAGCAAUUCUAGCAAAACCAGGUGCAAAAGAAAAUCGGAUCACAGGGCUCCCGAUCGAGACAGAAAACUUUACUCAUACUUGACAAGACUAUUUCAUCAGAACAGAUAAUGGAAAAACUUAUGAAGGAAGUACAGUAAAACACACUGAAAGGUAAACAUGGCUGACAAGGCAGUGGUGAUCCCUUCUGAUGAGGAUGACGAUGACUGCAUCCCAGUGCCUGCAAAAAUUGUCAAGAUUCCAGAAAUUCUUUUGGAUGAUGAGAAUAAAGCUUUUACACGGACAAAGACCGUAAAGCGUUAUAUAUAUUCCUCUGAUUCUGAUGAUGAGGAACAGGAAAUUGUUAAAAUUAAAAAGAGAAAACAUUCCAGUAGUGAUAGUGAUUUUGCACCUGUUGAUGAUGAUAGUGAUGAAGACACGGAUAAUGGCAGGACGAAAGCGAAAAAAGGCGUGAAAAAUAAGGCCAAAGAACCAAGCAUGAGUAAACCCAAAAGGAAAGUGAAGGCGGAUCUACAAGAAAUUUCACCAAAAAAGAAAAUAAAAUUGGAACAGGGGACCACUAAAAAAACUAAUAAAACUGCAACCAAUAAAAAGCAGAGGGUAACAAAAACAAAGACAAAUGUUAAGUCAGAAGAUUUACUUUCAGAAGUCACUGUCAAAGAAGAAGUGUCACAAUUAAAUGACAUAGAAGAAGUGAGUGAGGUCAUAGAAGAUGUCGAUGAAAAAACAGAUGUGAAUAGUAAAACCAAUAAACCUAGCAGCAAGAAAGCCUUACCCAAGCAUGCAGAUAUGUACUGGAGAGAUGCAGAGCUACUAGCAGAUCUGCAAGAAAUAAGCCCUGAAAUAGCUGAAAAUGUCAUUAACCUGUUUGACACAGACAACACUAUACCAUUCAUUGCUCGCUAUCGAAAGGAACUCACUGGUAACAUGGAGGCCGAGAAAUUGCGCCAUGUUAAGGAAUCAUAUGACUACAUAAAGAGUGUGAGAGCAAAAGCUAUUACUGUGAUGAACAGUAUUGCAAAAGUUGGAAAACUGACUCCCGACCUGGAAAGAAGCAUUAAAUGCUGCCGCAGUCUUAAUGAAAUUGAACAUUUUUAUGCUCCAUACAAGACAGGCGGCACAGGAACUUUGGCAGACCGAGCUCGGAAGCUUGGUUUGGAGGCUCCAGCAAUGGCCAUAUUAAAUGGAGAGGGAGAAAUAGUUUGCAGUAACUUGGUACAGCCAGGAGUUAAAGGACGAUCAACCAUUCAGGAAGUGAUUACUGGUUGUCAGCAUAUAAUAGCUGAUGCAAUUUCGAAAGAUGAGGCCGUUAUCGACUUUGUUAGAGAAUUAAAGAAGACAUUGUACAUUCAACUGGAGUGCAAACAAGCGCAAGAGAGAAAGGCUGCUUCAAAAACUGUAAAGGUUGGAAGCAAAGGAAGUAAAUCAAGUGUAGUUAAAAAAGAAAAAGAGAAGAAAGGAAAAGUGAAGAAAGAAGAAGAUGCAAGCAAAUUUGAAAAUUACUACAAUUUUUCUGCAAAUGUGAAGUUUAUCAAACCUCACCAGGUUUUGGCUAUUUUCCGUGGGGAGAAUCUAAAGGCAUUGUCAGUGAAGCUCAACUUUCCCAAAUUUGCAUUCGACCGCAUAUUCUCAUUCUGCCACAGACGUUGGCUGUCGAAAGGAAAAUUCUACGAGUUUCGUUCUACUUUAUUCCAGCAGAGCUGUCAAGAUGCAUACAGCCGACUCAUUGAGCCUUUAAUAGCACGUCAAGUUAGAUCAGAAUUACUGCAAAUAGCAGUGUGUGCUGCCAUUGAAGUUUUUGCAUCGAAUUUGAAAGCACUUCUUCUUGCUCCGCCGUUACGAGGAAAAUCUAUUCUAGGAAUUGAUCCUGGUUUUCGUAACGGAUGUAAGCUGGCAGUUAUUUCAGCUACUGGUGAAGUUCUUCGCACUGAUGUUAUUUAUCCACAUACAUCAAAAUACCAAGUACCAGAUGAUGACCCAGAUGCACUGAAACUGAAAGACAUUAUUACAGGAUCACAGUGUGAAGUAAUAGCCUUGGGUAAUGGUACGGCUUGUCGGGAGACAGAGGAAUAUUUGUCACGCUUGAUCUCCUGUGGUUGGUUCAAGCCAUUUAAUGUAUCAUUUGUAAUUGUUAGUGAACAAGGUGCCAGUAUUUACUCAUGCAGUCCUCAGGCCAAAAAGGAGUUCCCUACAAUGGAUCCCAAUUUAAUUAGUGCAGUUUCAGUGGCACGGAGACUGCAGGACCCUAUGGCAGAACUAGUUAAGAUAGAACCAAAACAUCUAGGUGUUGGGAUGUACCAGCAUGAUGUUCCUGAGAAAAAGCUAGUGGCAACUUUGGAUGAAAUAGUUAGUGAAUGUGUCAGCUUUGUUGGAGUUGAUAUUAAUACAGCUUCAGAUUGCAUCCUCAGGCACAUUGCUGGUUUAAGUGCCACGAAAGUACAGAAUCUUAUUGAAUGGCGAUCCACUAGAGGGCCUUUCAUUAAUAGAAAUCAGCUGAAACUUGUAAAAGGAAUAGGCAGUAAGACCUUCGAACAAUGUGCUGGAUUUAUUCGUAUUAUGCCACAGACAUUGGAAAUGAGGGAAACAAAAAAUCUGGCCAGUGCUGGAGAGAAACCAAAUGUGCUGGAUCAAACAUGGAUUCAUCCAGAGUCAUAUGGCAUUGUCAAUAGGUUCUUAGCUAUUUGUUGCUUGAGACUGGAAGAUUUUGGAAAACCAGAUUUUGUCGAGCGUAUUCAUAAUGUAGUUGAACAGAGAGGUUUGACCCAGCUGUCAAAUACAUUGGAAUGUUCUGACAGCCAGCUGCAGUUGAUAGCCGAUGCACUGCAAAAACCUCCUGGGCAUGAUUUAAGGUGUACUUCAGAUGCUCCUCUUUUUCGCAAAGAUAUCCGUAGCAUGGAAUCCCUGCAGGCAGGUCAGAUUGCAACAGGCUGUGUACGUAAUGUUACACAAUUUGGGGCAUUUGUGGAUAUAGGUGUUGGGAGCAAUGGACUGGUACACAUUUCCAAAAUGAAAGGUGCUAUCCUCCGUGUGGGCCAGAAAGUGGAAGUAAAGGUUCUUUCAGUAGAUCUAAGAAGGAAGAGAAUUUCUUUAGCACUUGAGAAAGCGUUUUAAUUUACUUCAGGUUUUUUUUUCUUUUAAUUUAAAGAAUAUUUGUAAUUUUUUACGAACUCUGUUCCUGACUUAGAGUCUGACUGAAGGAUGCGAGCUAUUUGUAUUGAAUUUAUCCAUACUGUAUAUUAUAACUUGUUUUGUAAAGAUUUCUGUGUAAAAAUAAAGAAUACUUUUAUUA